CAUAUUUGUAUUUUACCAUUUUCAGUGAAACAAAGGACAAAAGAGCAGAUGAACAAAAACAAACACAAAAAUCAUUGCGAAUGGAAGAACAACAUUGGAAAUCAAAAUUUAGUGACGUUAUGUACCGGCUUAAUAAGUUGCUCAAACAAGUUUCGAACAGCAAAUAUAACGAGGAAUUAUUUCCAAUGUCGAAAACCACGGAAGGAAGUCACGAUGAAGUAAAUAAAUGCAAUAAUAUCAUUCUGGAAUGUUGUAGAAGGCUUAAAAAUGAAAAUGAUUGUAAAACGAGAACGAAUAAAGAAGUAAAAUGUUUACUGAAAGAAAUUAAUGACUGGAAUGAUGUCGAAACUAUCAAUGAAACUAAACAAGGUGGUCAAGACAAAAUUGUAAAAGAAUUUCGAGAAGGUCGUUUGCAGCUACAUAAGUGGAAAAAUGAUUUUAAAAGCGCAAAACAAGAAGUUGAGUGUCUUACAAAGGAGCUAAAGUCUUGGGUUGACGUAAAAGCUAGAGAAGGGGAAAUAGAUUCUUACUGUGAAUUGGCAAAAGCAAUACGUACAAAUCGUUCCACAAUUUUAGAAAAAAAGAAAGAACUUCAAAGUAUCGAAACAGAAGUAAACUCUUUACUGGAGGAGAUUAAUGCAUGGGAUGAUACAAAACCUCUUAAAGAAGCAAAAGGAAAUGCAUGCAAAGUGGUCGAAGCUCUCCGUGAUUGUCGCUUGAAGUUUCGCGACAGAAAACUUGAUUUUAAAAGUGGACGUAACAAAGCGAGUGUCGCGCGCAAAGAGAAACAAAGUCAAGAUCAAGUGAUUAAAGAAAUGUGGACAAUGAUUAGGCCUACAUCAGGCAAAGUGAAGUCGGGGGUAGAUGAAACCGGAAAAGCUUUGACAGAAAUCAAGAAAUACGUGUCCGAUGCGCAAAGACGUCUAGCUGAAUUCAACGAAUUAUCAAAGGACUGUGGAGCACGUCUGGUGGACAACAACCCAAAUAUUGCAGAUCUAAGUAAUCCAUAUCGUCCAACCAAAAUAGCUGAACAGUUUUCAGAGUUGUAUGACAACCACUGGAAAGAUGCCUUCCAAACUUUGAAAAAUAAAGAUCAAGAAAACACAGCAUAUUUGUUAAAGAUUAUCGUAGAUUGUUUUGAAAUUUGUUGGAAAAUAUCUAAGAAUCAUCAACGGAAUUUGAAGAGUGCUGUGUGCUGUCCUGGUGAAAAUAUAGCAUCUGGACAAGCAUCAAAACAGAAAAGGGGAAAAACGGAAAACCCUGUCUUCUUCUCAGCGGUUCAGUCAAAGACUUUAUCAGAACUUCGAAAGCAGACUGCAGAUAUAUCCGUUGAUGGUGUGAUUUCGCAAAUAGAAUCGGCAAAGAAGGAAUGGUUUGUUUCGAAAGCGUUGGGAAGUUAUACUACCCGUUGUAUAGAGCUGUGUUGGUUAAUGCACGUGCAAACUCCACCUGUUGUUAUUGACACGUGUGCCAAGUCAGGAUCCAAUUUUGAUACUAGCAGAUAUAAACAAUAUACAAAAGCUGGAAAGAAAAUAGACUUCAUUGUUUGGCCUGUAUUGUUGUUGGAAGAGGGGGGAGCUGUUUUGUGUAAAGGAGUUGCUCAAGGAAAAUAGUUAACUGUAUCAAUUAAAUACAGUUUCUGCAGUAUAUUCAAGAAGCAUUGGAAUAAACUCUUUUAACAUUCUUCUAGUUUAUUACAUUUUCGCACAUGCUAUUUUAUUAAAAACCUAAUUUUUAAACUACUGUCUACUCUGGAGUGACUAUAAACUUUAAGUUACCAAACAGUUUGUACAGCUGAGUCUUCACUAUGUUAAAUAUAUGUUUAUAAUCCAUGCACACAUUCAAAAAAGAUUCCUUCCCUUGGGAAUAAAAAUACAUGUAAAGAUUGCGUGUUUUAAUCUUUAGUAAGCAUGCAAUAACCGUUAUACAUUCAUUGCAUUACAUUUAUCAAUUUCAGUUUAAAACAUGUUUACUUUUU